AUGAGCUGGUAUAUCAAGAAAAUAUUGAGGCUAAGAUUUUUCAUGGAUGAGGAUAGCUUGAUGCUAGCUGUUAAGGGAGGUAAAUUUCAUAGUAAACUCUUUUAUUUCUCCCUUGUUGCUGCGAAUUCUGUUGGUUUUACUAAGACAGUUUGGAACAAGCUUAUAAUGCCUAAGCACCGGUUCAUUUACUGGCAAAUUUUUAAUAGUCAGCUUCUUACUAGAGACCACUUAUGCCGAUAUAUUCAACUUACAUCUGUUCUCUGCCCUGUGUGCGAUUCUGGUGUAGAAACUCAUAGUCAUUUGUUUAUGGAGUGUAUAUAUUCCAGGAGAGUUUAUGAGGAAAUUGGUAGAUGGCUGGGAGUUUUCCAUUGGCCUGAAUCAUAUGAGGAGCUCUCUAAUUGGUGCUUGUUGGCCAAUCAUAGCUUGCAGAAUCAGAUUAUCAAUGCUGUUAUAGCAGCUUCCUGGUACUUCAUUUGGUGCAACAAAAACAGUUGCAUCUUCGAAUCCAGUUGCAAAAUGGCCCGCAGCCUCAGUUUGGAAGUUAAAGAAGUAGUCAAGUAUAGAGUCUUGAGUUGGGGUUAUUUCUCUCUUCACAAAAAGGAUGUCUAUUUUCGCCAAAUAGUAGAAAGAUGGUAG